AAUGCAUAAUCAAACUGCGAAAAAACCCAGCAACAUCUGAGUAGCUUGCUAACAACCAACUGCUUGCUGAAAAACAACCGACCAAUAUUUUAACUAUACUCACCUCGCUUUAUGUCACAAAUACAAAUAAAUAACAUUUACGCAUUCUGCCAUAAGCCUGCAACCAGAGGUUUCCAGUUUAACGUGAGCAGCUAAACCCCAAGUCGAUAGCUCGCUGUCAGGUUUGACUCGCUUCGGGCUCGACAUGUCCUGCUGUCUGCUGGAGUUCUGUCGGGCUCAGGAGCUCAGGACAGUCCGGGAGUUCUUGUUCCCACACCUACGAACCACUGCAUCAGAUAAUAACAUCAGGAACAAGCCAGAUGAAGAGGUAAACUGGGAGGAAGCGGACUGGGGGUCUUGGGAAAGCCCUGAAACACAGGAUGGUGGCAAGGAAGAAGAGGACAGUGUGCCUUCCUCUCAGAGCGCCCCCUGGCUGCAGGACUGUGCAGUGUCUCUGUCUCCUUGCUCAGAUCUGCUGGUCAUCGCCCGAGAGCACAAGGCUGUGUUUAUGUCCGCGAAAUGGCGGACAGACGAGGCGGGGCAGGAGGAGAUGACCCUGGCAGUGUCCUGGAGCGGGCCUCUGAGUACUGAGGAGGGCGAGUGUGUGACCAGCGUGAUCUGUAUCCCGCUAGCCAGUCAGAAGAGGAGCUCGACUGGUCGGCCGGACUGGACCUGCAUAGUCGUCGGGUUCACCUCGGGAUACGUGCGAUUCUACACAGAGAGUGGGGUGUUGCUCCUGGCUCAGCUCCUACAUGAAGAUCCUGUUUUGCGGCUCAAGUGCAGGACCUACGAGAUCCCACGCCACCCUGGAGUCACGGAACAGCAUGAGGAGCUGAGUAUCCUGUACCCUGCAGCUCUGGUGACCAUUGAUGGAUUCAGCCUCUUCCAGUCCCUGCGAGCGUGUAGGAACCAAGUGGCACGAGCGGCAGCAGCAGGCAGUGACUCAGUGCAGCCCCCCCCUUUGGCCUAUAAGAAGUGGGGCCUCCAGGACAUGGACACCAUUGUUGACCACAGCAGCGUUGGCAUCAUGACCCUGUGCGUGUUCGACCAGAUGAAGAACGCCUCCAUCCUGGGGGGCUUCCAUGCUUCAGUAAAGGGCAGCCCCCCCGCCAUGUGCCAGUAUAUUACUGUAGGGGGAGGCCCCUUCACUGGAUUCUACUACGCUGUAGAGGGCAGCACUCAGCCUCUCCUGUCGCACGUAGCGCUCGCUGUGGCCAGCAAGCUCACGUCUGCUCUCUUCAGCGCAGCCAGUGGGUGGCUGGGCUGGAAGAAUAAACACGAGGAGGAGCCUGUGCAGAAACAGAAGCCGAAGGUGGAGCCGGCCACGCCCCUGGCAGUCAGAUUCGGCCUCCCAGACUCACGGCGCCAUGGCGAAUCCAUCUGUCUGUCUCCCUGCUACACGAUGGCUGCUGUGACGGACGACUUUGGGAGGGUCACCCUGCUGGACCUGGCACGAGGCAUCGCCAUACGAAUGUGGAAAGGCUACCGAGACGCUCAGUUAGGCUGGGUGCAGGUGUGCGAGGGGCGGGGGGAGGGGGAGAACGUCUCCUCCCCCACCUUCCCGCGCCGCCACGCCCAGUUCCUGGUGAUCUACGCCCCGCGCCGGGGCAUCCUGGAGGUGUGGGGGACCCAGCAGGGGCCGCGCGUGGGGGCCUUCACCGUGGGGAAGCACUGCCGCUUGCUGUACCCUGGCUACAGGCUGAUGGGGGUGAACAGUGUGACCAGUCAGGGCUGGCAGCUCCACACUCAGCAGGUGUGUCUGCUGGACCCCACCACUGGAGUGCUGCGGACUAUCACUGUCCCCUUUCACCUGGCCUUAAGUGACAAGAAGAGCGAACGAGCCAAAGACAUGCACCUGCUGAAGAGGAUGAACGCCCUGCUGAGGAGCCAAGAGCUGGAGCCGGACAUCCUGGAGAGUGAAGCCCACAGUAUCCUCCUGGACAUCAAGCACCCCGCUAUUAAGAAGCAGGCUCUGGAGUCGCUGCUGUCCAAUAAGAAUGCUCCGGUCUCGUGCCUGACCAACAUCACUCGUGCAUUACUGGAUAGCAUGAAGGGACAAGAUCCUGAGGCGGUAGAAGAGAGCCUCUUGCAGCUCUGUUCCUCUCAGCUGAAACUGCUGCAGCUCUACGCUGACUUGCAGGCCCUUCAGUCUGCCAGCACUGACACAGACAUGGCUCCGCCCAGCAGCAUCAACGAACGAAUCGACCAGGAAGUGGCCCGCGUCCGGCCAAUGCUGGAGCGCUACUCCAAGCUGAUGUCCCGCCCCUCCGUCUCCUUCGCCCAGGACCCCGGGGGCAUAAUUCCCGCGCGCAACUUCCUGUGUCAGCUGGAGUGCGAGUCCGGGGGGGCUUUGAGAGUAGUCAGGGGUCAGGACUCAGACUGGACCCGGCUGGGAAGCUUUUUCUUCUGGGGCUGCCUGUGUGGGGAGAGCCCCGUACAGAAGGUGUGUGACACGCUACAGGACGCCGGCGUCGGCCCCCAGCAGCUACUGUCUCUCUUGUUGAGUGUGUGGCUGCACAGAGAGAGGGAGCUACUGAAGAGGCCAGAGACUGUAACUCACUUGCAUUCCCUACUGACUGCACUGAGCAACAUGCCAGGAGCUGUGGACGAGUCCUGGGACAUGCAGUGCAUCUCCCCCUGGUGGCAGCAGGUUCGAACUGCGUGUUUAGAGUCGGAGAACGCCGGCGCCGCCCUGCUGGCUGCGCUGGUGGCUCACAGGUCUGCUAAGAACUCCAUUACCACUCUGGCUGAAAGCAAGUUCCAGUCGGAGUGGGAGGCCGUGUCUCUGGAGCUGGAGCAGUGGCUGGUGUGCGUGAGGCAGCUGGAGGACCUGCUGGCCCUGCAAACGCUGCUCUGCCUGCCCUGCCCGCGGGGGACACCAGGGGGCGCCCUCACGCGUUGCUCCGUCAGGACCCUGCUGGAGAGCGGCAGAGGUGGGGUGGCUGACAGCGUGGCAAAGUGGGUGUUCAGGCAGGACUUUGCGCCCGAGUUACUGAAGGAAGUCCUUCAGCGGAGGGGAACGCAGCAGGAGAAGCAGGAACAGCCAGAAGAGCAGGGGGCGGAGGAGCGACCAGCGGAACAGCCCGCCGAGGAAAAGGCCGAGGAGGACAGCGACUCAAAGAGGGCGGCAGAGCUGCUGGUCUCUGUGCGGCAGCGCUUCCCAGAAUCCCUCUCUCCCGACCUGCUGUUCUCUCACUGCUGCUGGGAGUACGUGGUGCAGUGGAACAAAGACCCCGAGGAGGGUCGAUACUUGACCUGGGCAGUGGAGCACCUGAAGCUGGUUACCAGCCCACACAUCCAGCUAGGCAUCGCGGUGAUGAUGUGGAACACGUUCAUCGUGAAGCGCUUCUCCGCCGCCGCGUUCCUCGUGGAGAAGGUGGGGAAAGCGCCAAAGGACAGGCUGUGUCGACGGGACUUGGGGAUGGGAGAAAAUGCCAUGACAUCCUUCCUGGGCUCCUGUUGCCAGCUUCUGCAAACUGUGAUGGAGGCUGACGCCGGCACGGACGAGGUGCCCCCCCCGGAGCUGUGCGUGGAGGAGGUGUGGGGGGGCGCGGAAGGCCCCGCCUCCAUCGCCGAGCUGGCCCUGGAGCAGAAGGGCGUGCACUACCCCCUGGUGCAGCACCACUGCCUGCUGGCCUCCGUCCUGCACGCGUCCAUGACGUUCCGGCUGAGGGGGGUGAAGCCGCUCAGCCUGUUCGACAGCAAGGGGAAGAACGCUUUCUUCAGAGACCUGACGUCCAUCCAGCUCCUGCCCAGUGGGGAUCUGGACCCCAGUUUAGUGUCCCUGAGACAGGAGCUCCUGCUGAAGGUGCUGACAGGCUGGGUUCAGACUCAAGGAGAGGCAGCAGAUUCGUCCUCCUCCGAGCUGGGGCCCGUCGAUGACUCCUGGCCCUCGUUGUGCCUCGACCUGGGGCCCCUGCUGCAGGUGAACCCCGACAUUCUGCGGAGGCACCUCGUGUGCGAACUCUACAGCCAAGGCCUGGACCCGCGGGCCGAAGAGGUGAUGCUGGGGGUGGAAGACAAGGAGGUUCUGGGCUCUCAGUUGUUGGUUCUGACGGGUCAGAGGUUGUCCUAUUCCCUGCUGCACACUCAGACCAAGCCCGGCAUGGAGCUUCUGGCCCGCCUGCCACCGAUGCUCUGCACCUGGCUCAAAGCCAUGGACCCCAGCAGCUUGCGUUGUGCCUCCGUCCCCCUGGCCUUCACCAGUCGGCUGGUGAGCCGCACGGUGGAGGUGUUGCCCGAGAGCCACGCCCAGUACAACAUGGCCCUGCACCUGCUGGAGGCUGUGGACCUGCUGGAAGGAGAGGCCUGAGAAACAGAACAGAGAAAAAGAGAGUGAUGGAUGGGAUAGGGGUGGAGAGAUGGGUGGAGGAUUUAGAAAGGACAAAGAGUGGGACUGGGACAAGGGGAAGACAUUAGACCGGAGAGUUUUGGUCUUAAGUAGGAUUAUAUUUGUUUGGCUGUGUACUGGCUUUGCACUUUCAGCCUGCUGUAUAUAGCAGCUUCUAAACCAGAACACAUUCAUGCCAAUGCAUUCUUCUGCUGCUAAGGCCAUGCAAGGCACAGGAGAUCUUUUAAGGGUGUGCGCUGUUGUUAGUCUCCUGGAUUCUCUGUCUCUAUUUCAUAAAUUGCUAGCUGUAGUUUAUAACUGUGUAAGGAAGGUAUUUGGCCUCUGUCUUUCACUCUCCAUGAAGACAAACAAUGUAUUAUACAAAUAAAUGAAUACCUUAUUUUACUUAUUUAUACAUAGUACUGUAAUAGCUGUGCCUGUUUACCUCUACAUGGAAGCCUUUAGCAGAUUCACUUGUAUUCAAAUGCGCAAAAAGAAUGAGGAUUAAAGCUGAACUUGGUA